AUGAAAUCGAAAGCAGGGCAGAACAGGAACGUGGUCCUCAGGAUAAUUACUUGCCCGAUUCGGGCGCUGGGCAGGGCCAGGGAUCUCUACGUCAGAAGCCUGACGGGAUGCGGCACCGUCGCCACCCACAACCCCAGCCGCCGCCGCGUCCCUAAUUACCAUCCCAGCCACAGCCACUUCACCUCCUUGCCCCGCAGCCUCAGCGCCGCCGCCUCCACCUCCAACGGCGGCGGUGAGGACCUCCGGGAGCUCAUGAGGGCGGCCUCGGCACGGGUAUACGGCCACAAGAACGAGGCCGAGAUGUACGCCGAGCAGCUCCGGCAGCAGGAGAGGGAGGCCGCCGGAGGAUCGGCGACGAGUGUUCUGCCGAAGAGCGUCAGCGUCGGGAUGGGGUUCAUGGGGAGGAUCGACGAGGAUAAGGCGUGUGAGGAGUUCGAAGAGGACGCCGCCGAUGGAUCCUCCUCCGCGGCCGGCGCCGGCGAAAGAGACGUCAGCAAGAAGGUUGAGAAGUAUCCGCGGAGCAAGAGCUACGCGCCUGCUUCCGAGCGACUUGGCGUUUUCUAG